CCGAGUUAAUUGACGAGCCAGAUCUUACAUGUUUUGUGUUCCUCGCUUGAGAGCGCGCAGAAAGUAAACACAGCGGCCCUACAAUCUGGCUUCAGAGAAAGCGGCAUCUCGAGCAUUUCGACAGACAACCUUCGGACAUCCACGGCCAAGGUAGCAAUUCGGACGACCAGUCUUGCUUUCGACAGUGUGAUCGGCUAUGAAGCGGCUGAUGGCAAACUAAUACCAAUGGUCACGGAAGCAUACAUGCGUGUCCUUGUUGAGCUUUGCAACGAGAGGUUCCUAGUCAACAAAGAAAGGACGGAAGCAUUUCGCACAGCAAUACUCACGAGUUUUGGACCGCCAGAAAUACAAUUUUCUGGCCCAUGCGCGUGGGAACCUAUUGAACAGCGUAGGGCAAGGAUGAAAGAGGAUGGCAUCCGACGUCAAGCAGAGACGGACGCACAAAGAAUUGCCGAUAACUGAUCAUCUCGACCCCUUCUCUACACCCAAUUUUUUUUUUCAAGCACUUUGUAAUUAUCCUACUGGCAUUCCUAUAAUCCUCGACCAGCUCGCGCCGUCUUUCCCAACCAAGAUUUCUGAGACCAAAUCGUGCUCUGUUUGUCGAAUUUCUUCUGCACAAUGGGCCACAAUCAGCUGCACAAAGCCACACGGACACCUGGAGGAACAAAACCACAAUCACGCUCAGACUUCCCAAUUAUCUGCGUUUGUGUCAAUAUUUUCGCCGUCAGCUUUGCAACGUCUACUGCAAUCCUCACAUGCAGUUGUAGCACUGCAAGCCACCCGGCGUGUUCACAGCCUUGUAGUUGUGCCUCGAUAUCACAUCAUCCUCAAUCUGUCAUAUCUGGACCACUUUCAAAGAAAGCCUGUCACGAUGGCACUGUUCCAAGAGUAUCAGUCUUCAGAGUUGAAUAAUUUACAUUAUAGACCUUGGUCGGGCAAAUCUAAACCAAUAAACAGACGCAAUGGUGUAAAGUGUUGAUGUUAUUGUCGAGAUGCUGCUUGACCCGGAUUUCCCCCCCGAUGAGUCCUGUCCUACCUAUGUUAGAAGCUACGAAAUGAUACCUCCUUCUCGUCUCCGAUUGUUACGUACAAUUUUA